AUGCCGCUCGCACACAAGGUCCUUCCGGGUCAGAACACGGUCCUUUCAUGGGAUCGCUCGCCUCCAUGCCAUGGUUCGGGUAACAAGCAGCAGCAGCAGCAGCAGUGGCCCGGCGGGGGUGGUGGUCCAUCAGGAGGAGGAGGCCGCCGCGGAAAGUGGGGUGGCCAGCAGGGGGAGGGUCGUCGACCUGCCCCACAGCGCAACCGCUCGACACCAGACAAGAGGCCUCAGCCCAAGGGACAGCCCCAAUGUGCUGCGCAGUCAUCUCAUCAGAACUCACAGGGACAGCGCAGUCAGGUAGCACGCAGCAUUCAGGAUGACUGCGUGGAAGAAGCGCUCCGCAAGGGCAACCGAAAGGUGAACUUGAAUCACCUGCUGAAGUUCACUCUGACUCCCCGAGAGAGUGACCACCACCACCACUACUGGUCUGGCCAUCACCGCUCCAGCAGGCCACCUCCUGCCAAGCACUCCAAGGAGCAGUUCUUGCAGGCCAACUGCCAGUUUGUGGUGCGCGAGGGCACCAUGUGUCGCUGGAAUCCGGACGUGCCCAUCGCCUGGGAGCUGGUGCACGAGGUGCGAGUGCUGCAGCAGCAGAGCACGACCGGCCAGGAGGAGGAGCGCUGUCCAGUGUGCCUGGGAACUCCGCGUGCGGCCCAGAUGCCCCCGUGCGGACACGUGUACUGCUGGUCGUGCCUGCUCCACUACCUGGCCCUGUCUGACCGACCGUACCGGCCGUGCCCCAUCUGCGACCGGGCGUUUUCUGCCCAGCAGCUCCGCAGGGUGGUCCCCCAGCCACGAAGGGGCUACCAGCCUGGUGAUGAGAUCACAAUGUGCCUGAUGCGUCGCCAGAAGAACCAGCCCGGUGCCCAGCCCAUGCCAGCUGACCUUUGGAGGGUGGACGACCUAGAGCCCUUCAAUAUUAGCCGCGAAGAGCGACUGACGUGCCACCAGAGGGUGCUUGUGGCGUGCCCUAAGCAGCUGGGUGCCAUGUUAGACCGGGAGGAGUCCGAACUGCGGUCCCAGCUGCUCGAGGAAGGAGACGCCCCCGAGGCCUGCUUUGUGCAGGCCGCCCUGCAGGCAUUGCAGCGACGAAGGGAGGACCUCGAGAAAGAGGUGGGCUCACUGGAUGUCAACGCCAACAGCCAAGGCGAUCAGCUUCCCACCGUGGACGCAGAGGGCAACGUCGAGGUGCCGGUGUGCGGAGACCAGCAACAGUCUCCGAACAACACCAACGACGACAAUGGUGACCAGGUGCCCGACAUGACAAACAUCCCACUUUCAGCUUAUGUUGCAGACUCCCCUCAAGUGCGUGGCCGCGAGCGCCGCAUUAGCAGCGGCAGCAGUGGCGCCGAGGACAGCGUAGUCGGCGCAGAGGAUUUGGAGAUGCCAGUUGGCACUGCCAAGAAUGGCUCUAGCAACAACGGUUGCCGUGAUGGUGUCUCUGGAGGGGACAGCUUCUACUACUUUCAGGCGGCCGACGGACAGCCCGUGUUCCUGCAUGCGCUCAACGCACGGAUGCUGGCACACGAGUACGGUGCCUUGGAGCUUGCUCCGGUGAAAUUUACAGCACGCAUCGUGGAGAUUGAGGGUGCCUCCAUUGACAUUGAGCUCCGCAGGCGGCUGCGCUACUUGCGCCACUUGCCACUGACAUGCGAGAUCCAGGUGGUCGAAGUGCAGCUAGAGCCACCUGUUAUCAAGCAAGCCACCGUGGAAUAUUUUGCACCGGAUGUGGAGAAGCGCCGUCGUCAGCGGUCACGAAGGGCACGCAAUGAGAAGCGUCAGGACAGGCUGCGUGCGAAGGAAGAGAUGCGUCGACAGGGCUACGGUGGUGGUGCCCGCUACCAGCUGAACAGCGCACGCCACUUCCCAACGUGUGAGCCGCUUGGUGGGCCAUCGCCAGCUGCGCCAGCUUCCCCUCCACCCCUUCAUUCCUCGUCAGCAGGAUCGGAGUGUUCUGUAGUAACUGUGAGUGAUGCAGAAGAGCAUCACCAAUCAAUGCUCGGCGGUCCCAAUGGCCCUGCAGAAGAGUUGAGGUCAUCUACCCCUGCUGGCAGCUCAGCGAACCGGGUGUCCUUUGCACAGAUGUUGCAGACACGCAACACGGGCGCAGUAGUCGGCUUUCAACGCAGACUGCCAGUGAGAGAGUCUCCCUCUCCUGCGCCUAGAGCGGCAGCGGGCUCUGACGACGACGAUGACGAGGAACAUUGUCCCGUGCCGCAGUACCGCCAGUCGUUCAGCCUGGCCCUGGAGGAGGCCUUGAAUGCUGCUGCAGCCGCAUCGGCGGCUUCACAUGCCGACAGCGCCCAGUCGCCUGAUGGACAGAAGGGCAAACCCGGAUCUAAGAAGAACAAGAAGAAAAAUGUCACUCUGCUGUUUACAACAUCCAUGAAUCGUAGCAAGUAGUGCUCAUGACACACAGUGCUGGAACGUGGAAUUUUUUGCCAAGCCGAAAACGAAAAAAACUGGCUAAGCGAGACGAGGUUCUUGGCCGUACGAGUAUGUGCCAGGUUAAUUAGGGGUAAAUUGUUUUAAUCUUUCGAGUUUCUUUCAACAAUUUUUGUGACUGUGUGGGUUCUCCGUAACGCAAGACUCUUCAGAGACAAGGACGUUCUGUGAGGUUUAAAAGGAACAGAAAAUGCUUUGUUUGUUUUGAUCUGUCAUGUUCUGUUAUUUUAGAGGCAAUGGAGGUCGUGGGCAGGAUUGCCAGAGAACUGAACCUGUGGAAUGCCUACAUGGGGGAAGAAAGCUUUGUGAUUAUUAAAUAAAGCGUGAUUGCUUGAACCCUCUA